CCCAUUCGAACUCCCAAGAUAAGAGAGAAAGAGGGAGCCACAUAUUCCAAGGGAGAAGAGAAGAGAGAAGCUGGCCGCAGGAUUCGUUUUCCAGCAGAUAGGGUCUCUUGUUUGAUCCAUAACUUGAGCUUCACUCGUCCAAAUAAGGCGUAUGAUAUACCAAAAGAAAUCUCUCAAGACGAGGAAUCUUUGAAGGCCUGGUUUGAAGGAAUCGGAGUUGUGGAAGGCUUCCAAAUCGUCCGAAAAAAACGCAACCUCGCAGGAGAGGAUUUAAUCUUCUAAAGAAUCGAGUUAGCCGGAAAACACCCGUUCUAGGGGCUGUUUUCGUAUCAACGAUUAAGGGUUGAACUAGCACUUUGAGGAGGCUGUUUAACACUCAUAUUUGAGCAAGGAAUCAGUCCCAAAUCCACCUUGACCAAAGAUUUGACCAUUGGACCAAGAAGGGAAAGUUUAAAGCUCAAUUGAGGUUGAGGCUAGAGCUUGCUUCCUGUGCUCGUUGCUCGAGAGAUCAUAUAGGAGGGAAGACUUGAAAUGGACCGUGGUGGCAAGGUAACUAGGAGGAACCCUUUGGGCCGUGCACCCGAGGAGACUGGGCAAGGCAGUCGUAGGACCUCUAGGGCAUCUAGAGGAGCGGGCCGUGGAGGCCAAUCACGGACCGUGAGUGACGGUCAUGUGAGCACCGAAAGUGACAGCUACUGGUCCUAUGAGGACUCGACCUAUCGGCCGGAAACAGAGCCGGUUGAAACCCCUUAUGAAGGGGAUGAUGAUGAUGUAAGUGAUGAGGAGGACAACGGCUCCUUAGCGCGGAUUGAGGCACUACUCCAACAAUAUCACCGUGAGCGUGAAGAGAGGAGGGAACGCCGAAGGCGCCGGGCUGGGCAACCUUCGGGCAUGGCUUCACGAGGAGGAAGUCAUGGUGCAUCUAGAGUCCAUGUGGAACCACGUGGAGGCCAAAAUGAUGGAGGUCCAACCAUAAGGAUCUCCAAAUACAUCAAAGAAGCAAGAGAUUUGGGGUGCAAACCCUUUGAUGGAGCAGGGGACAUUUCAGUGGCAGCACAAUGGAUCAAGAGGCUAAAUGAAGCGGCCCUUGACAUGCAAAUCGCGCCGAAUCUCAAACUGAGAAUUGCGGUAAGAUUGCUCGAGGGGAUGGCAUCCAAGUGGUGGGAUGGAACCAUGAACAAGUACGGUGAGACCGUCGUUUGGGAGGACUUCCAACGGGAGUUCUUUGCCCAAUACUAUUCUGAUUUCGAGGUGAAUAAGAAGGUGAGGGAAUACACCCUCCUAACCCAAGGGGGUAACAUGUCAGUGAAGGAGCUUGAGUACAAGUUCCGGGAUCUCGCCGACUACAUACCGGAGUAUGCUUGUGACGAGAACCGCAUGGUGAACCACUUUUGGGACGCUCUUGACUUGGAGAUACGUGAUAGGGCAACGCAAUUGCCUAAUAUGACUUUCGCCCAAGUGGUUGAACAAGCAUUGAAAGGGGAGAAACAGUGGGAGGAACGGAAGAAGAGAGACGCCGAAGAGGCGAAAAAGAGAAAAUGGGAGAGUCAUGGCUCCCAAGGUUCCAACAAAAGGGGGAACCACGGAGGAGGAUCUUUCCGGGCACCACCGCCACCAUCAAGGGGGAACCAAGGCCCAAGUGGGCAAGGCUCGAGGUCACAGACCUCAGUGGUAACUCGUUGCAACAAUUGCAAGAGGAACCAUUCCGGUAAAUGUCGCGACCCCCCUAGAUGUUUCCAAUGUGGGGAUGCCGGGCAUUUGAAGGCACAUUGCCCACAACUGGGCGGGGCAAGGACAUCGGGACCAAGUAGUGGCCCGACGGGUACACGGAAUCAGACUGGGGCUUCUCAAGCAAGCAGGGGGCAAGGGGGAGCAAGUGCGAGCAACGCGCCAUCCGUGAACCAAGGGAGGACCCAGGCUAGGGUCUAUGCGAUGACGGAGGCGGAUGCUCAAGCUAACCCGGACUCCGUUGCAGGUUGAGGCUAGAGCUUGCUUCCUGUGCUCGUUGCUCGAGAGAUCAUAUAGGAGGGAAGACUUGGUUCGUGCUUCCUCCAUUCUGUUUUUAAACCUUCCUAAACGUGCUCAUGGAUAUUUUACUAUGGAGCCUGCGUGCUCAUGAAAUGCCUUGUGUGGCCUUUUGUUUUAAACAAUGUUUCCGCUGCGUUAUGAAUUACUUAUUAUGUUUGUUUAUGGAUGUAUAUGUGUGAAU